CUAGGAAAACUUUGAAAUGUGUGAGACUAUAUUUUCAACUAAUUCAGUUUUUGUAGGUUGAUUUCCAAAAUUUUUCAUGUUGCUGUUUUCCACUGGAAAAAUUUGAAAUUUUGGGAAAAUGAUCUUCUUACCUUCCUCUUUACGUGCAAAAAGUUUCAAAAUUUUCCCUUUUUUUAGAGGAAUUUGUGGGGUAUUUGGAGAAGUUUGUGGUGGGGUAUUUGGAGGAAUUUGUGAUAGGGUAUGUGGAGGAAUUUGCAGGAAUUUUGAGGAACUAUGCGUAAAAAAUUCCCCUUUGAGGAAUUGUUUGCACCAAUUCUAGG